AUGCACAAACGAUGUUCUGAUAGACCUCGCCAACAAUCAACUGUCAACAGUGCCUGGAUGCUAACGGAUGCAGGCUACCUGAAUCUGGAUCGUUUUGAGAAAUUCUUGGAGGCCCUUUCCAAAGUGGAGUAUGAGGAGUUUGAGGAUCAUUUUGCAGACAUGAAAUGGUUUCAGAGCAAACAAGAGGCUGGGAAGGAAGUCAAUGAUUUGUCUGAGAGAGUGAGCCAUCUUGGGAUUAACAAGGCCCCUGCUUCAGGCUUUCAGAAGUUCGACCAAGAAAGACUUGCAUCACUUCAGGAUGACUUGGAAGAAGAUGAAGACUUGGACAUUGAAGAGGAAGAGGAUGAUGAUUCAGAAGAUGAUCCUCUUGUGAAGUCUGAAUUCAAGCAGCACAAAAGGCAUUACUACAUGAAGAAGCUGGAGUAUGCUGAAGUCACUGCGGAGGUGUUACGAGAGCAAGCAGAAUGCUAUGUUCGUGCCAUCCAGUGGAAUCUUCACUACUAUUACCAUGGUGUCUGUUCAUGGUCCUGGUUCUACCCUCACCACUAUGCCCCUUACAUUUCGGACAUCAAGGGAUUUUCUGGCUUGAACUUGGAUUUUGAUGCUGAAAAACCAUUCUUACCAUUUGAGCAGCUCCUGGCUGUCUUGCCAGCAGCAAGGUACCUCUGUCUCAUUGAUCGACUGUUGAAGGCAAUGAGACCACUAAGUGAGAAACUGACCAUAGAGGAGCAAGAGAGGAACAAACAUGGUCCAGCCCUUCUUUUCCACUAUUCACAGUCCCCAAAGGGCCCCUAUGAAACACCUGGCUACUUUGCUGCCAUCUCAAAUCACCAUGCAAUCAUCACACCUGUCCAUCGAGAGAGUUUCUUUGUUCCACCAGACAAGCUCGUCAAGGGUCUCUGUCCAAAUGUUCGCCUGGAUGUUUACUUUCCCGGUUUCCCCACCCUCAAGCACAUCCCACACAAGGGAUACCUGAAAAGUCUUGGUGUGAAGGUGUUCCAGCAGAACAGCCGUGGUGAGAACAUGAUUCUGGAGAUUCAGAAUCAAGGGUCCCCAAAUAUUGCAGAAGUGGCCAGAGAUCUCCUUGGGCACCCCAUCUUUGUCUCUUGGCCACACCUUAUUGAAGCUAAAGUAAUUGGAGUAUGCAAUGAGGAAUGGAGUCUCCAUUUGCAAGGGAAGGAGAUAGUUCAAGAGAAAAUGAGUCAGCAAGAAGUUGCUCUCGUUCGCUCCACGGUCAAGAUGAUCUCUGAACAUCAGAGGGAGAAAAGAGGAAUCGAGAUUGGGGAGACAAAGAUCAUGAUUCGAGCCUGCCCUCUGAUUGGUCGCAAGUACACUUUUGGCCAUCAGGGGAGGAUCACCUUGGAGAAACAGUUUGCCCAUGCCAGCUCAUCAUAUGCAUUGCAGACUACAGUCAAGGACAUUGCAUUUCAUGAUCCCUCUUUCACUCAGUUCAAGACAUUGGAGGACAUAUUCUCUAAAGGAAGCACCUGUUUCAUGCUUGCACAACCUCAUUAUGGCUGCAUGGGAGAGGUUAUAGAAGUGGAGAGUGUAGAGGGCAAAUCUGGGAAGGUGAGAGUGCUGGUGACUGAUGUUCCAGAGCCAGAUCUCAGUGCAAUUAAGAAGAAGAAGUCUGCCCUUGAGCUCCCCUAUGUCCCUGGAUAUCAGGCAGCACAGAAGCUGGGGAUCUCAUCUCAUCUCCUGUCCCGCCUCACAGGCUCCAUCUAUAUCAUCCCUGGCUCUAAAGACAAUCAUAAUCCCAAUGGGAACCGCAUCAACUUUGGCCUCAAUCUUAAGUUUAACCGCAAGAAUGAGGAGGUGGAAGGAUUCACUCGGAAGGACAGGGAGAAUGUGUGGCUGUACUCAUCUCAAGCCAUUGCUGUCAUUAAGGAUUACUUGGAGGCUUUUCCUGAUCUCUUUGAGUUCCUUGCUGAUAACACCGGCAAUGACAUCUUCUUUGCAAGUGACAUCUUCCCUACAGAUGUUCAUGGGAUGGAAAGAGUGAAGGAGAUUGUCAGAUGGCUGAAGGAGCAGCCCUCUUCCUCUGCCCCCAGACGAAAAUGUGGGUCAAGGGCACUUGAUGCCAAAGUCGUUGCUGCCAUUGAGGAGAAGGUGAGAUCCUUCACCAAUGAGCCAGGAAGAAAGGCCCGUCUCGUCGUGAAGCCACAUCUCCUCUUCCGACCACAUGCAUACCAGGGUAGCCUUCCUCCUGACCCAAGUACAUCCACUGACCUCUUUGACCGUAUCAUCAACGUGAGACAAGGAUUCUCUGUCCCAUUGGGACUGCGUGGCACAGUUGUUGGGCCUGAAAGGGCUAAAAUGAAGCAACCAGGAUACCAUGCAGCCCAAGAGAAGCAUCAUUCCCUAGAAUUAGCAUGGGGUUUUCAUGUGACUUCUUGCCUGUCUUACCCACUUACUCUGGGGAUGACAAGUGCAGAAAAGCCAGAAGAAGUCCUGUAUGAGGUAGUAUUUGAUCAAGAAUUCCCUGGUGGAGUGGAAGUACGUUGCAGUGGGAAGAGGGGUUACAAGAUCCCAGCAUCAGCUUUUCUUAAUUUUUCUCAUGGGAUAAGAGAAGAAGCUAAAAGGAGGCAACAGGUAAAACCGUUGGCUGUGGUCCAUCCCCGCUCAUCAGAUGAGGAGCCCCUCUCUCUCCCCUUAGGUCGUCACCACAAGCAAGGUGGCAGUACAGGUAUGGUGGUGAGAGCUGGUAGGCCCUCAUAUCGGGCUGUCCCUCCACCUCCUUCCCUCCAGUUCAUCCCUCCACCUCCUCGCUUUUGGACUCCAAGACCUAUGCCUCCAGCAAGACAAAUGCUUUGUGAUUUCCCUCCUCCAUCUCAGCCACUGGUUUUCACAAAUUCUACUUUUGGAGCUGGACGUGGAAGAAUGGGACCAACAGCAGGAGACCUGCGCUUCCGCAAUGCACAUAGGAAUGCAGAUUGUACCCAUUUGCAACACCCUGACCUUCAGGGACAGCAUCAGAUGGACAUGCCAAUUCCAGUACCAGGUAGUUACCCAUGGAGUGGAAGUGGAAUGAGAGGAGGGACUCCUCAUAGGCCUCCCCAUGUCAGCACUAAUUAUCGCUACAUCACUCCGCCUUUUCAGAGUGGUCCCAUGCUGGUAAGACAGGGACAUGAAGGAAGAGAGACAGCCCAAGUUGACAUGGUGAGACAAGUACAUGAAGAGAAAGGACAGUGGAGAGCCAUUCAACCAGAAGAACUCUUCCAGAGUGCAGAAAUGAUGGGGAAGAGAGAAGUUAUGGGGUCUCUGACUUCGGCUGCUCAACCUUUGACGAAUCGGAUGGAUCGAGCAACAGCCCAACUCAUGGAAUACUUUCAAGGAGAGGGAAAAGGAGGUGUCCCUAGGUAUAAGUACGUGAAUGGACCAGGUGGAUUUCAGGCGAGUGUGACCCUUCCAGAUGGUUCCACUUUUGAUGGGCCUGUGUCAGCUUUCAAAGACGAGGCAGCAGAAGGUGCUGCCAUGCUGGCCCUCGUCAAGGUCAAGGCACCUCCUCGGGGGACAUCGGACCCUCCUGCUCCUGGAGCCGCAACAGAUGCGGAAGCAGUCGGAUUGCUGAACCAUCUCCAGAUUCAUCGUGGAUCGUCCGGGGAAAAGAGAGGAAGUGGCAGGAUAUUCCAGGCUGCCCUCCGGGGUGCUCACGAUCGUCGAGGAGAUGACUCCCUGCCGUUUGUGCCAUUGCAAGUGGCUAAGAAGUCUGUCGCAUCUUCUCGUGAGGGAGGUUCUCGAGGGCGUGGAAUGAAACCCAAGGCCUCCUCGUCCGAGUCUCAAGAGGGUCUGUGUUUGCAGGAUGAGAAGAAGGACACUGCGAGGAAGAAGCCUGUGUGUGCAAGGAGCAUUUCCGAAUCUUCGUCUCCCCGUGGACCAUCUGGUCAGAGGAAGUGCCGGCUAGCCAUUAAUUUUGCUAAUGCCCCCAAGAAUAGCUAGAAUCACGGGCUUGACUAUGUUGUUGGUUCCGUUAAUUUUAAUUUUAAUUUUUAAUUUUUUUUGUGUACAUUGCAUCGCGGGAGCAAUCAGUAUGAACUGGAUCGUGUUUUCUGUCUUCAUUGGGAUGCCUCGAAAAGUUUAUAUCUUUUUUCUUUGGAUUUUUUCUUUUGUCUCAUCUUGUCUCUCAUAGCUUUGUGAUUGGAGACAUAGUAGAGCCUCUGAGGAAUCUGGUCAUGGUUCCACUUUCGUAAAGGAUGUUGCCUCUGUUUCUGAAGACAACCACUGGAUCGAGAAGGAAGGAAAUCCUUAUAGGCGAUUUCCAUUUCUUACUCGUUGCACUUGUCUCUCAUCAUGUGAAGGUCAUGUACUCUAUCGUUUGGGGCUCCCUUCAGGAUCUGUACAAUACAUACAUUUAUUUGUACACUGUGAGAGGGCUUUGUGAAUUUCAUUUUUUCGUUCACAUAUGAAUGUUCUCACUGCAGUGAAAGAAAGUUGUUUCCUGUUUUUUUCUUGUUCGACUCAUCUGCUUUAUUUUAUUUGUAAAACUUGCCCACUGU